AUGUUUGACCCAACAGACUGUGGACGAGGACAGAGGAGAGAGGAGAGAGGACAGAGGACAGAGGAGAGAGGAGAGAGGAGAGAGGACAGAGGAGAGAGGAGAGAGGACAGAGGACAGAGGACAGAGGACAGAGGAGAGAGGACAGAGGAGAGAGGACAGAGGACAGAGGAGAGAGGACAGAGGAGAGAGGACAGAGGAGAGAGGACAGAGGAGAGAGGAGAGAGGAGAGAGGACAGAGGAGAGAGGACAGAGGACAGAGGACAGAGGACAGAGGAGAGAGGACAGAGGAGAGAGGACAGAGGACAGAGGACAGAGGACAGAGGAGAGAGGACAGAGGAGAGAGGACAGAGGAGAGAGGAGAGAGGAGAGAGGAGAGAGGACAGAGGACAGAGGAGAGAGGACAGAGGACAGAGGAGAGAGGACAGAGGAGAGAGGACAGAGGAGAGAGGACAGAGGAGAGAGGAGAGAGGACAGAGGAGAGAGGACAGAGGAGAGAGGACAGAGGAGAGAGGACAUGACAAAAGGAUUGACAUGUGCUGUGAUGCUGUAUCGGACUGGUGA